ACGUGUCGGCGAAGCGAGCCACGAUUUGCUGUCGCUUGCCAGCCGAGGGCCCGAACGUCUUUGCCGUUCGCAUCAUUUUAAGCGUGUCCGGGUCGGGUGCCGUCUACUUUGGUGAAUCAAAAAGUCAUCGAGAAGCGAGCGAAGACGCAGCGUGCGCAACGAAUCCAUCAUGGGAAUAAAAUUCCUGGAAGUGAUAAAGCCGUUUUGUAGCAUUCUACCGGAAAUAGCGAAGCCCCAACGUAAGAUUCAAUUUAGGGAAAAGGUUUUAUGGACUGCUAUAACGCUAUUUAUCUUCUUAGUAUGCUGCCAGAUACCUUUGUUCGGAAUCAUGUCUUCGGACAGUGCGGAUCCAUUUUAUUGGAUCCGUGUGAUACUUGCAUCCAACAGAGGUACCCUGAUGGAAUUGGGUAUUUCACCGAUUGUUACUUCUGGUCUUAUCAUGCAGCUUCUGGCAGGGGCCAAGAUCAUAGAAGUCGGUGAUACACCGAAAGACAGAGCUUUAUUCAAUGGAGCUCAAAAGCUGUUUGGAAUGGUUAUUACUGUUGGUCAAGCAAUUGUAUAUGUAAUGACGGGCAUGUAUGGUGAUCCUGCUGAAAUAGGAGCAGGUGUAUGUCUGUUGAUCAUCAUUCAACUGUUUGUUGCUGGCCUGAUUGUUCUUUUACUGGAUGAGUUGUUACAAAAAGGUUAUGGUUUAGGAAGUGGUAUUUCUCUAUUCAUUGCUACAAAUAUCUGUGAAACCAUUGUUUGGAAAGCAUUCUCCCCAGCAACCGUUAAUGCCGGUCGAGGUACAGAAUUUGAAGGUGCUGUAAUAGCUUUGUUCCACCUAAUGGCAACAAGACAAGACAAAGUUCGAGCCUUGAGAGAAGCUUUCUAUAGACAAAAUCUUCCUAAUCUGAUGAAUUUGCUUGCCACUAUUUUUGUCUUUGCCAUAGUUAUAUACUUCCAAGGUUUCCGAGUAGAUCUACCUAUAAAGUCAGCACGGUAUCGAGGCCAGUACAGCAGUUAUCCAAUCAAACUUUUCUACACCAGCAACAUUCCUAUCAUUUUGCAAUCCGCCCUCGUAUCAAAUCUGUACGUCAUAUCACAGAUGUUGGCGGUAAAGUUCCAAGGAAAUCUGAUCGUCAACUUAUUGGGAGUUUGGUCAGAUGUUGGAGGUGGUGGACCGGCAAGAUCAUAUCCUGUUGGCGGUUUAUGUUAUUAUCUCUCACCACCGGAAUCCGUUGGUCACAUUCUCCAAGAUCCUGUUCACGCUUUCCUUUACAUUCUUUUCAUGUUGGGUUCCUGUGCUUUCUUCUCAAAAACGUGGAUUGAAGUAUCGGGCAGUUCUGCCAAGGAUGUUGCCAAACAAUUGAAAGAACAACAGAUGAUUAUGGGUGGCCACCGAGAUAAUUCCAUGAUCCGUGAAUUGAACCGAUACAUCCCCACUGCUGCUGCUUUUGGUGGUCUUUGUAUCGGAGCCCUCUCAGUUUUGGCUGACUUCCUCGGUGCCAUUGGCUCCGGCACUGGUAUCCUACUUGCCGUUACAAUCAUCUACCAGUACUUUGAGAUCUUCGUCAAAGAACAAAGUGAAAUGGGUGGCAUGAGUACGCUACUCUUCUAAGCUCAGGAUUCAUAGACUUGAAAAGUGAAUUUUUUUACACUCGCAAGAACUGAAUAAUAAUUUAUUAUAAUAUAAGUUCGGCCGGGAUUAUCAUUUCGGUAGCUUAUCCGACGGUAGUGCCGGCCCAACGAGGGUCUUUCGUGCGAGAAUGGGCCGCGUGAGUUUAUAUUUGGAAUGUAUUAUCGGUAUUAUCGGUGUUCAAUGAAUCAACCGAGGUCACGAUACGUACACCGAGUUGCGUCUGUACGAGCGAAAGUAACUUUCACGGAGUUCUCGUAACACUUUGUUACUCUCCUUCCACUGAGUCUUCAAGAGAUUGAUUUUAAUUUGUUGCUCGCGGUAAGUGCGUUACCUACAAGGAUCUGUGCAAACACCCAGUGUUAUAAAAUUAGUUAUUCUUGGAAACUAAGAAAUUACUUUGUGAACGAUGACGCGUUCCCUCUUGUGUGGAAAGUACGGAACAGACUUCCGAGAUUAAAAUUGAAGGAAUAUGAAAGAUUACGAUGUGAUGGAUAACAGUGUAUAGUUUUAAGCACGUUGACAUUACGUAGGUGACCUUUCGCCGGAUGUUACAGUUGCAACAAAAUACCUUUGAUACUCCGAUAAAUGUACAUAGAUAGAGAAAACGCGGUGAUCCUCGAAGGUUCUUUAUACUGACGUUUGAACGUCGGCUUUGGCCACGUUGAAAGACUCGGCGCGGUAUGAGAGUGGAAUCGCGCAAUGUUUAUAUACAUAUAUAAACGGCAAUCAUUGUUAGUGAUCUAUCCACUUUUUAACGGGACGAGACGCGUCCCCGAAAAGUGCUCGUACAGCGACUGAUUCUAACAGUGUUCCCUCAUAUUAGUUAACAUCAUUCCUGUAUUAUUAUUCAAUAAUACAAAGUAAAUUAAUACUUGUCUCGUAUA